GCCAAUCAUCUCCACGGAGCAUGUGUCACGCGUGAUGCACCGUCUCUGGUGAAGGUUACUGUUAACUGUUAGCUGAAGCAGAGGCUACAGACAGAUUGUGGAAACAACGCUGUGCGCAGUUGCGUGAUGGCAGGCCUGUCCAGCUAUGCAUUGCGGAUGGCCAGACUGAGCUCACAGAUCUUUGGAGAAGUUGUGCAUCCAACUGACCCGAAAUCUAUGAAGGUGGUCCAGCUGUUCCAGGAGCCCCCUAUGGCCAAGAGGAAGGAGGUGUAUGACUGGUACCCACACCACAAGAUUUACUAUGCUGUGACCCAGAAGCUCAGGUUCAUGGGUCUGUUCAGAGAUGAGCAUGAAGACUUCAAGGAGGAGAUGCGUCGUCUGAGGAAACUAAGAGGAAAAGGGACGCCAAAAAAAGGAGAGGGGAAGCGAGCAGGCAAGAAGAAGUGAACUGCCACACUUCUGCUCCCCGAGGCUGCACAGGACUCGACGUUCUUUGGUUUCUGUGCAGGCUGCGCUGGUCGGUGUGCGCUGCUGGUCCUGAGAGCGUUCCACUGGUCGGGACUGUCCUUUGUUUCUGUGCUGACAGGACGUUCUGAGUCGGGCAUAUCCCACUUCUGUUAAAUUGUGUAUGUUAUUGAACGUGUGUGUGGGGCUGUGCUUAUAUCUUAUUACCACAUAAUAAUGCCUUUCUGUAGAACAGCCCAGGAGGAAGUGUUAGCUGCUGAUAGCUUGACUGUGGAUGGAACGGCUCAAAUGUAUAGAAGUGGACACCCUUAUUUUUCACAAUAAAGUCAAUGUGAUAAAUCUGCA